UCGUCUCUGACAUGACAAGUCCGAAGUCGGCGCAAGAAGCUGUCAAAUUUACCUUCUACUGUCUUCAACGGGACUUAUUGACACAUAGGCGGUGGUCCUAAAUGUGGAGCAGCGGCAGCAUUGAAGUCUUGUGCCUCUUACUGCCAUGGCGUCACGCUCGCCAUCCUUCCCCUUCCUCUUCCUCCUCUUCCACUCCCCCCUGAUCCUUCUGACCGUCCACCCCCUGCACACCUCCCCUUCCUUGUCCCUGUCCCCCAUGGAGCCCUCGGACCCCGACCCCUCGCCCCCUCCCCCGCCUCCCUCCUGCGGCCCGGGCCAGUCCUGGGCGGUGAGGCUCCACAACCACCUGGAGGAGGAGGGGCACGACCUGGACAGGCUGGCCCACCAGGUGGCGCGCGACGCGGGCCUGGAGAACCGGGGCCAGAUCGGGCAGCUGGAGGGGCACUACCUGCUCUGCCAGGGCGGUGAUGAUGGUGAUGGUGAUGGCGAUGCUGAGGACGUCAGGGGCGUGAGGGACGUCAGGGGCGUGAGGGAUGUCAGCGGUGCCGGGAGAGCCCUGGCCUCACACCCGUAUGUGGCCUGGCACUCAGAGGAGCUGCUGCUCAGCAGGAAGAAGAGGAGCGUGGCCUUCAAUGAUCCCAAGUACCCCAAACAGUGGCAUCUGCACAAUGAGCUGAAGGCAGGCAUGGACAUCAAUGUGACAGGAGUGUGGGAGCACAACAUCACAGGGGUUGGCGUCACGGUGGUCGUGGUGGAUGAUGGAGUCCAACACGAUCUGAAGGACAUCCAGCCCAACUACAGUCCUGAGGGCAGCUACGACCUGAACUCCAAUGACCCCGACCCCAUGCCCCACCCUGACGCCCGCGACAAUCACCACGGCACCCGCUGUGCGGGGGAGAUCGCCGCCGUGUCCAACAACAGCUUCUGUGCCGUGGGCGUCGCUUAUGGCAGCAAAGUUGCAGGGAUCAGAGUUUUGGACGGACCACUCACGGAUAGCAUGGAGGCCAUUGCCUUCAACAAGCACUAUCAGGUCAACGAUGUCUACAGCUGCAGCUGGGGACCGGAUGAUGACGGCCGGACAGUGGACGGACCACAUCCUUUGGGCAAGGCGGCGCUGCAGCACGGCGUCAUUGCUGGCAGGAGAGGCUUCGGCAGCAUCUUCGUGGUCGCCAGUGGCAACGGGGGCCAGUACAACGACAACUGCAACUACGACGGCUACGCCAACUCCAUCUACACUGUCACUAUCGGGGCUGUGGAUGAGAAUGGGCGUAUGCCUUUCUAUGCGGAGGAGUGCGCCUCCAUGCUGGCGGUCACCUUCAGCAGUGGAGCAAGAUCACUACGCAGCAUCGUGACGUCAGACUGGUCUCUGCAGGAGGGCACGGGCUGCACGGACGGCCACACGGGCACGUCGGCGGCCGCUCCGCUGGCGGCGGGCAUGAUCGCCCUCAUGCUGCAGGUGCGCUCCUGUCUCACCUGGAGAGACGUGCAGCACAUCAUCGCCUUCACCGCCACCAAGUACAUUGAUGACCAUGCGGUGUGGGAGACGAAUGGUGCUGGCUUCCACCAUAGCCACCAGCACGGCUUUGGACUUCUCAACGCCUGGAGACUCGUCAAUGCUGCCAAGGUGUGGGUUUCUGUUCCUUAUCUGGUGUCUUACCAAAGCCCGGUGCUGAAGGUGGAGAGGACGAUCCAGCGCUACCCAGAGCGCCUCUUGCUCAGCUGGAAUGUGACCGCAGCUGAUCUGAAGCACUCGGGCAUGAAGACGUUGGAGCACGUGUCUGUCACCCUGACGCUGGCCCACCAGCGACGCGGCACCGUGGAGAUGGUGCUCUUCUGCCCCAGUGGGAUGUCCUCCCUCAUCGGAGCGCGCAGAGCCCUCGACUCUGACCGCUCUGGCUACGUGGACUGGACCUUCUCUACAGUGCGCUGCUGGGGAGAGAUGGCUGAAGGCCAAUACACUCUGCAGAUCAGCGACCACAGAGAUUCCCUCGUCGGGCUUGGUACCCUGGAUAACUGGAAGCUGACGCUCUACGGCUCCUCCAUGUCUUUUGAGGAGGUGGCGGAAAGACAGAGGCUUGUAGAAGAGGCCAUGGGUGGCCAGUAUCUGAGCGGCAACUUCUCCCUGCCCUGCCCGCCCGGCUUGGACAUCGCCCCUGAGAAGGUCAACCCCCUCACCAGCAACAGCCUCAAGUCCCUGCUGCUGCUGGGCUGCUUCGCUCUCUUCUGGUCGCUCUACUACACCCUGGAGGUGGCGCUGGCCCACCUGGACGUGCGGGACCUGUGGCGGGGGUGGCGACGGGGCAACUCGUACGGGGCCCGUCUGGAGGAGGGGCCCGAGCUGGAGCUGGAGCUGGAGGUGCAGCGGGGGGGAGGGGCGGACCGGGACGCCAAGGUGCCUCUCAUCACGGGGGACUCUGCCACGUAGCACCACCGCCCCCCCACCCUCCCCAAAAAGGAGAGGACAUCCCAUUCCCACUCCACUGGACUGGAACUCAACUCAUUUUAUGUGUCUCAAAUUGUGCACUUGUGUUGGUAACCAAUACGCCACACGCGCUGAAACAUAGUGCCUGAAGUGCACAAGUGCGCUAUCUGAGACACAACUCCUGUCUCUCUGGCCAAGCAAUUGCUCCCCGGCAAUCACACCCCCCCAGGUCGACCAUCCAGCAGCCCCUCUCCAGCCUCCCUGCUUCAAGUGCAGUGUGUGGGUGUAUCCAGGGAGGUAGGGGGUUGUCGCUGCAUUGAGUCAGAUGGACCCUACAUGAAACAUCAACCAUGGGGAUUACUUGAUUGGUGGACACUGAUGGUUCGGUGUCUUCGGGGCCUUAUACAGUGGUUGGGCAUUUUUUAGGGGGCUGGGACGGGGUAACACUGGUGGUACGCAUCACUGACGAACAACAGGGGGCGGGGAAAUAAGUGGGGAGGGAUGGUUAUCCCGACAUGACCCAUCCCAACAUGAACAGGGUUUCCAACUACAUAUAUCAGGGGCGCCCUCGGUGCAGGGUCCUUGUUGUGGAUGAUGCCUGUUCUGAACUUCUUUUCGCCUCACACCAUUGGAGGGGUUGUGCAGACAGCCCGACCUGUAAUGCCUUGUGUACACCAAGCACGACCAACGCUACCUGAUCGGCAGAAGUCAUUAUUUCUCUUAUGGAGGGAAGGCGAAUAAAGCUACAGGAGCGAAUUCGCCAGGAGCGAAGUGAACAAAUCGACCGGAGCAAAUUUUGACAAUUAAAGUCAAGCUAAUGUUAUGGUAAUGAGCUAUGACGCGAUUCGGCGAAAACCAAUUGGAACGUUCAUAUCUCUGUAUGUCCCAGGCUGUCAAAACAGAGCCGAUAUGUGAUUAGCUAAAUCAAACAUGUCAAUGUUACGUCCAGAGCGAAACUUAUUCUACCACCUCUGCUACCUAGGUAGCGUAGGUCGCGCUUGGUGUACACAAGGCAUAAGGUUGACUAGAGUUUGGAUUUCCUCUGGUGGACUUCAAAAGAGGGGGAGUUGCUCUCUCUUUCCUCUGCCUUGAUCAACCGCUAAAGUGCACUAUGGUUGCUUUUAAAAUGCUGCAUAUAUCUUGUAUACAUAUUAUAGACUCACUAAUGGUGAGGGGUACUGAGUGAGCGUGAGUGUGUGUAUGUGAGUGAGCGUAUGAUCAAGAAUGUUGGUAGGAGGUGUGUUUGGGUUUGUGUGUGCGUGUGUCUGCGUGCGCGUGUGUGUGUCUGCGCGCGCGCGCGUGUGUGUGUCUGUGCGGAUGCGUGUGUGUGUAGGAAUGUGUGGGUGUAGGUAUGUGUAGGUGUGGGUGUGUGUGUGUGGGUGGUUAUGUUUGUGGGUGUGAGCUGUGAAAAAAACAAACAAAAGAUUGUGUCUUACAGAGUGCUAUAUUUUUUAUUAAAUUAUCUACUUUUUUUCCAACAUCGUUAAAUACCGAUGUUCAGGGUUUAGAAAGUAUUGUGUUGUUCUGACGAACAAAAAGUACCCUCCCUCAUCGCACACAAUUCAGGAGACGUGUCUGCUGUGCAGCUAUAGCCUAUUGGAAUACUUCUCAAGGUUUCUAUCAAAAUAAAAGAAAGAGAUUUGCA